AUGGCAGCUUCAGGUUAUUGGAAGGCUGCGGGAACUGAUAAACCAAUUCUCAGUUCAUGUGGAGCAAGGAUAUUUGGAGUGAAAAAAGCUCUGGUGUUCUAUAGAGGACGCCCUCCAAGAGGAAUCAAGACGGACAGGAACAUGCAGGAGUACAGAUUGCCUGAAGCAACGAGGCUGACUUCCAAGCAAAAAAGAUGCAUGAGGACACGGUUUUCUAGCAUAAGCUUUGAAGCUAGCAAAAACUCUACUACAGUCUGUGAAGGCUAUUCUGACACAAACUAUUCACAAUACUCGGUCCCACCUUUUGACAAUUCAAUCAAUGGACAGAAGAGAAAGCAGCCCACUGAAGGAACUCAGUAUGAGAAUAUCAUCCAACCCAAGAAGAAGGUAACUGACAGAGAUGAUCAAUGGAGCGACGACAGAACUGAAUCGAAUAAUUAUGUAGUACAAACCAGUUUGAAGGUAACAACUUCAACACCAACCAGUGGAAUUCUAUAA